UGGUGGAGGUGAUAAAUGGAGAAGCAACAACACUCUGACCAGCAAGGAUCUGCCAGUUAUCUCCAGGUGCAUUGGCUGGCAUGUUCAGGGCAUCGCUUCUGACCAGCAGCAUGUUUUUGUUUGCACUUUUGGUCUGUAUGGAUUUUUCCCAGAGAUUGAAGUUUGAGGUCUUUACCAUAUCCACAGAGUCGUGGGGAUAAACUAAGAGGAAGAAGUUGGCGAAUGGCAAGAGGAGGCAGAGGUGAUUUUGGAGCACUGAAGGACCAUAGUCUGCCUGUUAGAUGUGGGCCACCGGGAAGAGGAGGACCACUUGGUAGAGAUGGGCAAGGACAAGCAGCUGCUAAUGGAUAUGGACCUGUAAGAAGUGGCAUCGGAAAUGCUAGAAUACAUCCAUAUCCAGAUCACCGUGGUCCAAGAGGGGGUAGAGAUGGUCCACCAGGCCAUGGGCCACUAAUAAGAGGAGAGAUAGAGUGUCAUUUUAGUGGGCGAGAAGAUUUUCCCUUCCCUCCUCCACCAAGAUUCAGGGGUGGUCCACCGCUACCACCACCACCUCCUCCCCCAGGAACAAUGGGUUUCAGAGGAAGACACCCCUUUCCUCGGAGCAGAGGCAUGCGAUCGGGCCCAAGAGGGGAUUUCCGAUCCCCAAGAGGCUUUCCCAAUGGACCUGGUGUGCCACCGCCACCACCUGUACGGGGCCAGAGAUGGCCUGGACCCCCAGGUGGCAGACGCUUUUAAGCCACUUACUGUUAAAUUGUAUAGUGGGGCACACACAAAAUGUUUGAGAUGGCCGGACUAGAAACACAAAAAAGUAAAGCUGGCAAAGAAACUUAGUUGAGACUUGUCAACAAUAUUUGCAGCAGCCCUCAUGCACCAGGUGGCAUAAGCCAUACAAAUCUAUAUUUCUGUGACUCCUUGGACUUUUGAAGAGUUGUUUUACAUAAAACUGUAUGAACUCCUUUUGGUGUCUCGUGCACCCACAAAUCUUCAACGAUUAAAUAGCCAGUUUUAUGUCUAGAUGUGACUGUCAAGGUCAAGCAUUUAUCUUUGUAAAGAAGCAUUCAGUAUACUUUUAUGAAGUUCGAAAAUACUUUUUGUGCAGCUAUUUUAAUUUAGGUAGCUGUGAUUGUUUUAGUCAUUGUUUUGUCGUGAGAAAUAUUGCCUGUGCCUCCUUAUUUUAUAAGAGUGAAGUGUUUUUUUUUAAAAUUUGGAAAUACUGACUCGAGAAGUAACAAUGUAAAGUGAAAGUAGUUAAUGAAUUGAUGACUCCAUAUGUGGAAACAAAAUC